UAAAUUUGCUUACUUUUUUUUUGCUGGAAUGGAGCCUCUGCUGGAAUACAUCACCGACUUGGUGGUGAACCACCACCGCUGUAACGUGAACAUCAUACCCGAACACAUCACCAUGCUAGAGGGGGCCAAGAGCCGGAAGCAGCACUCGAGCAAACGCCGCUCGCACAAAUCCAGCACGCUGUCUCGCCGCGAGUACGCCCGCCUGGGCCUCAACACGCUGCCCACCCGCCAGAUGCAUUACGAGCAGGCGCUGCCCCUACACCAGCUCUGGCGGAGCUAUGUGCGCGAGCAUCUGGGCCUACGGGAGGGCACCCAGGUACCCGAGGUCCACGAACCCCACUACGAGGAGUUUAGCAAACAGUUGAUCAAGCUCGAUCUGCACGGUGCCAGGCUGAAGGUGAUCCAGUCCAAAUGCAAGACGCUGGAGGGACUGGCCGGCAUAUGUGUGAUGGACACGAAGAAUGUGCUGAAGCUGCUGGGCGAGGACGAUCGCCUGAGGACCGUGCCCAAGAGCGAGUGCGUCUUUGGGCUUUCGGUGGGCAAUAUGAAUUUCACCAUAUUUGGCCAGCACCUGACCAUCCGUCCUGCGGAGCGCAGUGUGAAGAAGAUCAAGACCUAUCUGCAGCCCUUCAUGUAGGGGCAAUAAUAUGCAAAUCCUUGUACACACCAAACCGAACCGAACCUUACUCUACCGAAAAGUGUCCGUUU